AUGGCACCUCCACCUCAUACGAUCAUUGAGGACGAGGAGGAGUUCUUGAACGAUGUGGCGGCUUUUCACGAACGGAGAGGCACCAACUUCGAUCGUGAUGGCAAAGUCAGCGGACGGCCUAUAUCCCUCCACAAGCUCUACAAGCUGGUAAUGGAACGAGGCGGUUAUGAUGUACUAUCCGCAGAGCGUAUGCAAUGGCGGACCCUAUGCAAGGAAUUCGGUAUCGGCAAAACUCAUGAAGCUGUUAUGACCUUUCAGCUGAAAACGGUUUAUUACAAGAAUCUUGCUGCGUAUGAAAUUUCGACAUACUGGGGAGAGGAGCCACCUCCCAAAGAAAUCCUGGAAGAUCUCAGCGCAAAGGGUGGAAACCUGCGGGUUAGAACCCUCGACAACUACCCUCACGCUCCUUCUCACGCUGUAGAAGCCAUGCAAGUUGAUGGCGUUACCGACUCUGCAGAUGGAGACGAUGAUCAAUUAACUCCGAAGCGCGAGAAGACUGAGCCUGAAGACGCCGGAAGCGCAAGCAGAUAUCCAAGAAACCUCAGGCAAGACCCCAAGCGUACCCAGAUAUACCAGCCCGACGUUCAAUCAACGCGGGCUCGCCCUGUCCGAGCCACAGAUUCUCCAUCUGCACCUCCGGUCCAGCCACCGACCUAUCAGAAUACCGCCAGUGAUCCUUACAAUCCUUCGUUCGACUGGUAUAAGAACUAUCAGCCGAACUUGGGCAGACCUUUAACUCUACAGCAAGUAAAGACACCUCGCGAUGAUCCACUCUGGUAUCCCAACAAAGCCAAGUUAAAGGCUCAGAGAGAGCUGGAGAGGGAUCCGAGAAAGCUAAGAGAGGCUCAAAAAGAUGUGGAGCUACUACCUGGCGCGGAUCCCAUCCUUGCUAGAAAGAUUGUCUAUCCACCAGGAAUAUUCAAUGGCCCCAAUAUCUACCAACGUUGUCUGUAUGGACUCCGGUCAAAAGUGCCAUCAGAGGAGGUUUUUGCUUUACAUCAUCUGGUCAAGGUUUCUGACGAGCGUGGCGACAAAUACAAAUUCGAGGGCUUCCCGUACUUGGCCGAAGCGCUUCUCGACAAAGCUUUGGAGAUAAGCGAACUUGUUUACGGCGUAACAUGGGAAAUUGUCUACAACGAGGAUGACAGCGCACAUCCUAUCAACACGCUGAACGCCGCGUUUGGGACCAAAGAUCUACUCGAUCGCAUUCAGCAAACUUCAACGAGUAUUACAGACGAGGAUGUUGAAGAUGCAGAAUCCACCCAGAACCUUUCCAGGCUCAACGAGGCUAUCUUGGUCAUUCGCAAUAUGGUUACGCUCCCUGACAACGCAUUCUUCCUUUCGAAAAUGCCGUUGUUCAAAGAUUUGCUUGUCAUUGCUAUCAAUCUCCCAGAUCAACCACGAUUGGUCGAGUUCAAGCAAUCUGCAUUCGAAAUCUUGGAGCUUGUCACCAGAUACUGGGCCCUCGACGCUCAGGACCCUAUAUAUGUGUCACUGAUUCCAUAUCUUCUGUCGGGAGACCGCGCAGUUCUUAUUGCAGUUAUUCGUGCCAUAACACGAAUUGGAAUCGAAAUCGCAGAGGUCCAGCGAAUACAGGACAUACCUAUCUCGACCGCAGAGCGGCUCUUCUCGUUCACUCUUAUCGACGACGACGAGCUGGCCGAGGCGGUCUUUGACUUCCUGUACUCAUACACAGCGAUCCCGGAAAACAACAUCGAACUACUAACCAAGACGCCCUUACUCCUUCCGUCGAUGAUGCCUCGCUUGAUCCACUUGCUGCUGCACAAAGCAGUGGUUGAAGAAGAAUCAAUCGUUGCGGGUCGACCAGCCAAACAGUCUCCACUUGUAUGCACGAUACCGACCGUCCCAGGGGAGCUCUAUGCCGAGUUAUUGCAAUUCCGCGAGCCAGAGAGAUCUUCGCGGUGGCUGCGUUGCUGCUUCGAAGAGUCUCCACUGGACGAAAUCACGCAGAUUGCAAUCUGGCAAGCCUAUCAACAGCGGUUUCUGCCUAAUGGACCUAUUGCCGCAGCAGAUUUCAUUAAGAAUGUGUCUAUAACGUUCACCCAUGCACAGGCACAGGUCAUCCAGACGCAACCCCAGGCGAGAUUCAUUAUCAAAGGUAUCAGGCCCCGACGAGUGCUCGUUGGCCUUCAUGGCCAGCCUUACUACAAAUGUCUGUGGCACACUGGCCCCCCUGAGAAGGAUCAGAACGGCCGCAUGACGUUGAAACACAUGUGCAGCACCUGGUACUCCAGCCGGCAAAGACUGCUCGCUCACAUCACCAGCGACCACCUCGCCGUUCAGAGGACGACAGAGGGCCACUUCAUUGCCAGGACGCCUGCUCAACUCGUGUGUCGGUGGAACUUGUGCAAACAUCGAGCUGCGUUCAAGACGCUAAGGGAACUCGCGCAGCACGUGUCUGUGCACAUCCCAGAGAGCGCGGAACAGAUGGCCAAGGUCAUCCACGAGAUUGCGUUUGACACCAAGGAUCCUGAACCAACCUCUGUAAAGCACGCGAUCCAUUAUACUGGCUUCGAUCGGGCGGACAUGCACCCUCACGGCAUCUCGUACAUGAGUGUCAUGAUCCUGCGUAACUUGGCGCGCUUCGCAAGCAAGCACGGUCAUAAGUUCGAAAAGGACGGCCAAACUCUCACGGAGCAAUUGUUUAGCGCGCACAAGUAUGCUCUCUUCACGAACCUGAGUCUCAACAAGCCCCUUGCCGCGUAUAUUGCGGACUUGAUGGAGUUGCUAGACAAGGGUGAGAAGUCGGAGAAGCGCGGAACGAAGAGAGAGCACGACGAGGACGAUGAGCAAGACUCUUAA